AUGUCUUAUCCACCCGAAUAUGCUCCCACAGCAUCAACCUCAUUCACAAUCUCCUCCAAAUCAACCAAGUUUAACCAAGAGUUAACUCGUUCAUCAUUGGUCAAAUCACAAAUAAGCAAGGCUGUAUACAAUUCAUUAGCUGAGAUAAGCUCAAUCCUAGUUUCAAUUGAAGUAUUGGAGAAUUCAUUUUUGAAAGAUUACAUUACUGAGAAGGAAAGGUACACGUCGACUGCGUAUAGACUAAUAUAUCAAUAUCAAAUAAUACUAAAAGGGUUUGAUGAGUCAAAACUACCCGUGCUACGAGAACUCAUGCCGGACUUAUCUCCCGACUUGUCGAAUUUCUUAGCCCUUUUCACUUCCAAGUUCAAUUUAAACUGUCCACAAGCUGCGAAUAGACUAAUAAGUGGAGUUCCAUCGACAGUUGAUCACGCUAGUGAUGCAACGACAACAGUAUUUGGAGGUGGAGGAAGUUCUAGUGCCACAAGUAGGGCUAACGCUAGAUUGAUUGCUGAGAUUACUGGCAAUUUUAUCACUUGUAUGGAUGCAGUCAAGCUCAACUACAAAACUAGAGACCAACUACAUCCAUUAUUGAGUGACUUGGUGGUCAACCUCAAUGAGUUCAACGAGAGCAUAGAGUUUAACGGCAAAUCAAAAUUGAUAAACUGGUUAAUCAAAAUUAAUAAUUUGGAAAAAGAGCUAUCGCAAGAGGAGUCAGAUACGUUUUUGAAUGACUUGGACACUGCUUACAAAGGGUUCUAUAUUUCUCUAGAAAAUCAUUAA